AUGACUCUGACGGUGACGUGGAUCAGGAACAACAUGUUGCAUUCUGAUGACAAAUACGAGAGACCACUCACGGAAGCGGAAUUGAAGGUCCAACGAUCUCUUCAGAAGCUUUCCAUCCCGGACUGGUACUUGAACAAACGUUCAAAUCCACCCAAACUGAUAAAUACCACGCCGAUAGAGUCUCGUCCGCCAACCUGGAAGAAUGCUACGCCUCGAAUGGACUCUGCUUUAAAUAUGACAUCUUUUAAUUCAUUAGACACAUCAGUCGACAAAAAAACGAAAAAAGAGGCUACACCAAGAAGCAAAAAGGACACAAGACUCAAAACAUCUGCAGCGACAUGUUCAGUUAAGGAUGAAGUAUUCGAUACGAGUAUCCCGAUGGUGAAGCUUCCAAAAAAUAUCUCCAAGACUUUUCCCAAAAUGUCGCCUUCUAGGAAAAUACAGAACAUAAAUCUCGUCUUCCCGCCGAACCCGAGAAUUGAGUUUUCCAAGAAUCUUGAGGACGACGAGUAUAAUAAUGAUGUCAUGAAUAAAACUUUCGUUGUACAGAAUCAACCAAUUGACGCAAAUGUAACAACUGACAGUACUUCGAACGAUUACAAUAUUACCAUGGAAAGUACGCAAAAUGAGAAGGAUAUGCUAGAGUCAGAAAUCUGGCCAAUUUUUCCAAGAACUCCACUCGUGGAAACAAGUUUUCAAAUUCGUACUACGUCUACCCCGAAGUUCUCUCCCGCUAAUUUCUUCUCAUCUUCCAUCUUAGAGGAGAGUCCAAUAAUGAAAAACAUCCCUUCCAAAAACAUCCUGGAGAAAUCGUCCUUCUUCGAAAACAUUUCCAGAUCGACAAAUCUGUCGGAUAACACCGCAAGCGAAUUUGAAAGCACUUCAAGGUCUAGAAGAAGGUUGUCUCAGAAUGUUUUGGAAAAAGCAUUCAUAUUCGAAGCAAGUUCAAAAGUGGAAAAUAAUUCUCUUGCUUGUAAGAAAACUCCACUGGAAGCCAAGAAGAAAAAUAUACGAUCGAUUGAUCCAAUUAUGUUCGAAAAGACUGAUGUAAAUUUAUCUGUACCAAGAACCUUUUCUACGGUUCGUGACAUGGUGAAGAAGAUAGAGGUUUCUAAAAAAUCUAAUAGUAUUCGGGAAAAAGAGGUCCACAUCGAUGCCAAAGAAUCGCCUGUUACUAUCGACGGAAAGAAAUCUAAUUUCAACAAAAAGAUUUUGAACUUCUUUGCUGAAGAAAGGAAAAGUCAGUCGCCAUACAGCAAGUUCCUGAACUCAAAGAGGAAGUCCAUGGAGCUGGAAAACGUGGUAAAGAGCAAACAACCUCAGCAUGAAAAGAGCCUUGUACGUGGAAUUAUCGAAACUUUGAUGGAGAAACUGAGCAAACCAUCGCUUCGACGUGAAAACAGAAACGUUGGAAUCAACCAGAACUUCGUGAAGCAGCUAGUCAGAGCCUUGGAGAAGGAAGAUACUACCGAGGUCGAAAAUUCGCUGUCAGAGAGAACUUCUGUAAGCGAAGAAGGCAGCUUCAGCGAGUCAGAAACGAAAGUCAGCAUUACAUCAGCAUCUCCCAAAGACACAGACAGUAACAGUGACUCAGAUCUAGGACCACCAAGCCCGAAAAAUGACGAUGACCAGAAAUUUGCUUAUGACAGUUUGGUGACGAAGAAGGUGGACAACGAGCAGGAUGACGAUUCGGUUUAUUGGAUACCCGUAUCCAGGUGUAAGCUACCAAGAAGUAGUUCGAUAUUAAGCAUGAUGUCCAGGUUGUCCACCAAUGCACAGUCACCUUGCAUAAGUCCCAUCAUAAGCGAGAGUGAAGUAGAAGAUGCGCAGUCUACAUCUUGGGGAACCACCUUCAAGGAAACUAACGACAUCUCUAGGAAGUUAUUUAGAAUUGAUGAGACCGUAAUCAUAGAUUCAGGAUAUUCGGAUAGGUCUGUAGAAUCUCCAACUAACUAUGGAUUUACUAGAUCAAGGAGGCCUUGCAGUGAUAACAAUACGUCCUCUCCUCGUUGUAAGAAAAUUUUUAGGAAACAAUCAUUUCGAGAUACCUGGCUUGAAGAAGCACAUUUUGCUUCGUGGCUAGAAAAAUCUAAGGAUGUUGCAGAAUUGUGUUUGUCUCUACCGCAUUCAAAUGAAGUUGUAGAAAAAUUCUUUUCAUUUGUUAAUGAAAUCAAAAUAAGAGGUGGGAAUAGAUUAAAACCAGAAACAGUAUAUGCAUUAACUAGAAUUAAGUUGGAUUUAAAUAAUAAAGAUCAAACGUGCGUUACCUAUGAAGUACCUGAGGACAUGUUAAAAUUAUUUAAUAACACAAUGUAUGAGAGACCUUGUAUAUCAGAAAAUUUACAAGAUAUUUUUUUAUCAGAUAUUCCAAAUACAAGUAAUACUGAUACUAACAGUUAA